AACGCACCUGUUCGAACCGUUCGAACCAGCGGGUACGCGCAACGCCGGCCGACAGACACUUGCUUUGUGUAGCCAUAUCCACGUUUUAGACGAAGCCUCUUACAACACCAGCCAACAAAAGCCUCGCAGUCAAUUCCAUAACGGCACGGCGCUUCUUACGAAACUCCCAUAGACGGUGGCGCCAGAUUUCCCUCUAGGUGUUAUAGUGAGUAAAUCGACGUUUUUUGAUACCGGAUUUGGUGUGUGCUGCUGGUGGUUUCUGCAUUUUCCAAGACCAGUGCUCCCUACCUCGUGUGCAGCAUGACAAGCCAUUGAAGCAUUCCAGCUGUCCAGCAAAUGCAGAUGGUGCAGUUACAUGAACGAUACCGCCCCGCUGUAACUCCUGUGUCUAUGAGAUAGAUAAACUGUGACCUGAAGUGCUCACCAGGAUCCAUGCAGGCCGGCGUGUGUUUGAAUUCCAUUUGUGCCCUCAGAACUUCUCACGAACAUUCAAGCUGAAGCAACACCUGCACACUAGCAAAGCCAAAAGGCCAUUUCAGUGCCCUCAGAGCUUUUCACAGAAAGUUUACCUAAAGCAGCACCUGUGCAUCCACCGAAGAGAAAUGCCGUUUCAUUGCUAUUUAUGCCCUCAGAGCUUCUCACGAACGAGUGCUCUCAAGGACCACCUGUGCACCCACACAGGCGAGAGGCCAUUUCAGUGCCCUUCGUGUCCUCGAAGCUUCUCACGAAAGAGUGCUCUGAACCAGCACCUGCACACCCACACGGGUGAGAGGCCAUUUCAAUGCCCUUUGUGCCUUCAAAGCUUCUCACAAAAGAUUCAUCUGAACGAGCACCAGCGCACCCACACAGGCGAGAGGCCAUUUCAGUGCCCUUUGUGUCCUAAAAGCUUCUCACGAAAGUAUGGUCUGAAAUUGCAUCUGUGCACCCACACAGGCGAGAAGCCAUUUCGGUGCCCUUCAUGCCCUCAAAGCUUCUCACAAAAGAGAACUCUGAACCACCACCUGCGCACCCACACAGGCGAGAAGCCAUUUCAAUGCCCGUCAUGCCUUCGGAGCUUCUCACAAAAGAUUCAUCUGAACCAGCACCUGCGCACCCACACAGGCGAGAGGCCAUUUCAGUGCCCUUUGUGUCCUAUAAGCUUCUCACGAAAGGAUGCUCUGAACUCGCAUCUGCGCACGCACACAGGCGAGAAGCCAUUUCAAUGCCCUUCGUGCCCUCAGAGCUUCUCACAUAAGUGUACUCUAAACCAACACCUACGCACCCACACAGGCGAGAAGCCGUUUCAGUGCCCUUCAUGCCCUCAGAGAUUCUCGGAUAAGAAUGUUCUGAUCCGACACAUACGCACCCACACAGGAGAGAAGCCAUUUAAGUGCCCUUUAUGCGCUCAGAGAUUUUCACAAAAGAAUCAUCGGAACCGGCACCUGCGCACCCACACAGGCGAGAAGCCAUUUCAAUGCCCUUCGUGCCCUCAGAGAUUCUUACGAAAGAGUAGUCUGAAACAACACCUACGAACCCACACAGGCGAGAAGCCAUUUCAGUGCCCUUCAUGCCCUCAGAGAUUCUCGUAUAAGCAUGUUCUGAACCGACACCUGCACACCCACACAGGAGAAGCCAUUUCAGUGCCCUUUAUGCCCCCAAAGCUUCUCAGAAAAGGCGAUAUGGAAGGUUCACCUGGACUUCCACUAAUGUGAGAGGCUGUUUAAGGGCCAUUCAUGUCCUGAGAACUUCCUGUGGAAGUUUGUAUUAAACCAAAAGCCUCACAUUCAUACAGGUGGGCAGCCAUUUCAGUGCCCUGCAUGCCCUCGGCAAUCCUCAAAUCUUUAGUGAAGGAUCACGUGUGCAUCCACUCAGCGAGACACCAUGUCAGUGCUCUUCAUGUACUCGGAAGUACUUAUGGAAGUUCACACUGAACUUCGCUUCCACUAAUGUGAAGGGCUCAUUCAGGGCCCUUAAUGUCCUGAAAACUUUUGGAAGUCUGCACUGGACCGACACCUGCUCGUCCACACAAAGUCCGUGGUGAAGGACCACCUGUAUAUCCACUCAGGGAGACGCCAUGUCAGGGAUCUUCAUGUCCUCAGAGUUACUUGCAAAAGUUCGCAAUCAACUGACACAUGCACAACCCGCAUAAACGAGAGGUCGUUUCAGUGCCACUUAUACUGUCAAACCGUCGGACACAAAAGCUGCCUCAAUAGGCAUCUUGCCACUACAAUUGCACCUGACACAUGCAAUGCAGCAGCGCUGAGUUGUGUGCACUCCUCAUUGUUACUUCUUGCUUUUCAUGUUUUCCUUAGUUUUUUCAUGGAAUCUCAGCGUAUGUGUAUGCCUGUAGUUCUAUACUAGCAUGAAUCAUUGUGAGUCUUCACUUUUCAUUAGUAUGAUGUUUAAGCUCUUUGUAUUGCAGACAAGCACUUCUCUCUGCAUUCAUGCAUUUAACUGCUCUUUAGUAGAGUUGUGUGAGUUCGUUUCAGUGCACUAAAUAAAAUUUGGGAUUGGGUUUUGCUAAUUAUAGAUAUUUCAGUACUUGCACUAAUAUCAUGUAAUCUUUCAAUUCAUUCGCAUUUAUUGUGCUGAACAGUACAAGAGAAUUUGAGUGACUAUUUGCUUUUGCUAUGUAAUGCAGUUAAAACAACCUUUUCCCAGGAAUUGAAAUUAUGCAAUUAUGUGCUUUCUUGAUUCCUACUUCGAUUCAAAUAGUUUCAGUGAUGCUAAAUGCACUGGUAUGAAAUUCUUUUGCUCAUAAGGAUCCAUGCAGACCUUUGAGAACUUUGCAAAUUGCUUCAUAAUAAACCUUGUUCUCAUGGA